GGACCUCCUGGAUUUCCAGGUUCUCAGGGCCCACCUGGUUUACCUGGUCAACAGGGUGAGCGAGGGUCAGAUGGCCUCCCGGGAAUGAAGGGUGAUCAGGGUCCUUCAGGGACGCCUGGGUACCCAGGAACCAUGGGCCCUCCUGGACUGCCUGGACUCAAGGGCGAACGUGGAAGCCCAGGAACUGCUGGCCUAACAGGAGAAUCAGGGCCUCCUGGUAACCCUGGAUAUCAAGGACAAGCUGGAUUGCCGGGCAUUAAAGGAGACAGUGGACCAGCAGGGCCUGCUGGUGCUAAGGGGGAUCAGGGCUUCCAAGGACAACCAGGCUUCCCAGGACCACCUGGACCACCAGGUCCUGCCGGCAAAACUGGAAGGGAAGGACUUCAAGGGCUCAAAGGGGAAAAAGGCAACGACGGCACUCAAGGCCCUCAAGGACCAAGUGGACCACCCGGUUCAACCGGGUCGCCAGGGUUGAUGGGCCCCCGUGGCAUUGACGGAAUUGAUGGAAAAGAUGGGAAGCCAGGACUGCGGGGAGAAACAGGACCUCCAGGCCCAGCAGGACCCCGGGGAAUGCCCGGAUUCAAAGGGAAAACCGGCCACGUUGGCUUUCCCGGACAGAAGGGUGAAGCUGGACCCACAGGUCCACCCGGGCCAUCUGGCAGACCGGGACAUGAGGGUGAUCCAGGUACGCCAGGACCUCAGGGGAGACCUGGACCUCCGGGCCACCUUGGCUCUACAGGUCCAGCUGGACCUCCAGGACCUCCAGGCCCAUCAGGAGUGGGUAUAAAAGGAGAUAAGGGCCAGGAUGGAGAGAGGGGUCUCCCAGGGAUGCCAGGAUCUCCGGGGCCACCGGGGCACUCGGGGCCUAUGGGUGAGCCAGGAAGCGAUGGUUCUCCUGGAAAAGAUGGAGUGGCAGGUGUGCCAGGGGACAAUGGGCAGUCAGGGCAAAAGGGUGAGGCAGGGGCUCCUGGCCAGAGGGGUCCUCCAGGAGAAAGAGGUAGGCCAGGGCUCCCUGGUGGAGGAGCAUAUAGUUCCAAGGAUGCACAGCCCAUGAUUGGCCCAGUCGGCCCCAGAGGGGAAAGGGGAAGUCCAGGGUCAGCAGGUGCCCCCGGCCCCCCUGGUCUUCCAGGAUCGCCAGGAAAUAACGCUGUUGUCAAUUACGAUGAAGUCAAGAACUUCAUUCGCCAACAGGUCAUUAAGAUCUUUGACGAGAGAAUGGCCUAUUACAUGUCUCGCAUGCAGAUGCCAGUAGAGAUGGUGGCGUCCCCGGGUCGGCCUGGGCCUCCAGGGAAAGAUGGAACUCCAGGUAGUCCCGGAACCCCAGGUGCCCCCGGUCUUCCAGGACAGAUUGGCCGACAAGGCCGGCCAGGAGGACAAGGACUCCCAGGACCACGAGGACCGGCUGGAGAAAAAGGAGACAAGGGUGUUGGAGAGAUGGGAGAUGUAGGCCCUCCUGGAGCACCGGGUGUUCCAGGCCCCCCAGGCUAUGGUAAGAUGGGAUCCCCUGGUCCCGUUGGACAGCAGGGUGUCCCUGGGAUCCCAGGCCCUCCUGGACAACAGGGUUCCAAAGGAAAAGAUGGCCGCUGUAAUCCCGCAGACUGUAUGAGCCAUGCAGUAGAAUACAGCCCCAAGGGCCCAUCUGUCAAGGGCCCCUGGUAAAGGGCUACAGGGGAUAGAGGAAAGGGGCAGGGGGGCUGAAGCAAAAAGACUACAAGGAGAAGAAAGAAAGCCAAACACCGUGACCCAAAGUUAUUAAGUCUGACCACAAGAUGGAAUAUAGACACUGCCUUUGUUGUUGAAUAGUUAGAUUUACCCUCACCGAUUUCUUCUAUAGUUCUGAGCAAACAUCUGCGAUUUCUUUCUAAGGGGCUCGCUGGAACUGAGACCUGCAAAGAUACACCGGCAGCACAUUUUUAUUACAUCAUUGUUGUUCCCCCACGAAAGCCAAUUCGUUGCUUUUAUUUCCUGCUCUUAUUUUUGGUCUUGCCUCUUUUUUUUCCCAUUUUCCUCACUGUGUUUUAUUCCUUUUGUAUAUUUUCAAACAACCCCGGAGAGGUGACAAGAAUCACAAUCUGCAGUUUCUUCUUUUCUUUAAGAUUCUGGUCUCGGCUGUUGUUUUUCUUUUUUUUUCCAACUCUUUUUUUUUUAUACCUUUUCUUUGUAUAAAUCUGUAGGAAGAGAAUACACACAAUUAUGUUAGCACUGCUGCCAUCUCUCAUAUCUCUGUUCCUUUCUGACACAAUCCCAUUCUGAGUGCAUCCCAUGCAUUUCUAAUAUCCUGUCCCGGUGCUUGAGGUGUGAAGAAACAUAUUUGAAUUUGACUUUUAAGAGAAAAUCCCCUAGAAAUGUUUUCCAGUUCUAUAGAAACAGAUGUCAAAAACUUACAUUCAAGGAGUAUCUGAUGGAUUGACUGUUUUGUAUAUAUUUAUUUUUUAUAUAUAUAUAUGGUGGCUUUUUAUACACUUUCAAAUGUUUUGAUAAAAAGUAUGGCUAGCCCCUUGUCUUUUUUUUUUAUUGUCAAUGGUUAUCCAGCAAUAAAAAGUGCCAAAAAAAGGGAUUUUUUUAAGGUCGAUAAGCUUUCAAAAUGGAAUAAUGUGUGCAGAAAAAAAACAGCUUAUUUAUAAAAAAAAAUACUUUUACACAGAAGACACAUUGGAUUUUGUAAUUAUGUUGGUAAAGUUCAUUUUGUGUCCUCUUUUAAUGCCAUUAUGUUUGGAAAUGCAACCACUUUAAAACAUUUCCUUCCAUUUUGUACUUCAAAGUAGCGGCAAAAGCCAUCUGUGUGCUUCACUCUGCCCAGAUUUAAGAAGAAGCGGAAAACAUGAGCAGCAAUUGGGCCCAUUUAACACAGGUACUGUAAUCCAAGCACAACCACCAAACCCUCACAAUUACAUAAGGAUAACAACAUAUUCUGAAAAAGCCUCACAAAGUGCUUUUGCAGUGCUACAUGUUACUGUAUUUUGGGACUUUAUCUGUUAUUUUAUCAUUUUUUUUGUUUUUUUAUAUCUGGAACUCUGUGAAGCUGUGGUCAGACUUUAGUUUUCCACAAAAUAACCCAAGGGGAAUGUUAAACUGAAUUAAAUUGCUUUUCAAAAAAAA